GUACAUGGUAAAAGAGAUUUCGCAAUCCUCUCCUCUCCAUGUUCUAAACAAAAACACUCAGCGCUCACACACACACACGGAAUUUAACUCCAACUUUCUCCGCUAACUUUUUCUACUUUGACGGAUGAUUGACUCGCCCGCGGCUCCGUGAAGUGAACUUCCAGUCAUCCUCGAGGCUCCACUGAGACGAAGAACCUGAACUCAUCACGUUUCAUCUCAACCUGAGGCAACUCAGAGCUCAGCACCUGAAGGCAACACUUCCAAAUGAGCCGGCCGUCGCAGGCGAAACUAACCACAGCUGAUCACAACGGCGUGAGCGUCAUCCAGAGUCAGGCCCACGCCACGUCCUCCUCGUCUCUGCCGGCAGGCGUAGCCGGACUGCAGCAAGUCCCACAGCUCGUCCCCGCAAACCCCUCAGCCGGAGGCGGCAAGGCCCUCCCACCCAGCAAGAUGAAGAAGCCCCACGCAGACAAGGACAGCGAGGAGUAUCGCCAGCGCCGCGAACGCAACAACCUGGCGGUGAAGAAGAGCCGCAUGCGCAGCAAGCAGAAGGCGAUGGACACGCAGCAGCGCGUCAACGAGCUGAAGGAGGAGAACGAGCGGCUGGAGGCCAAGAUCAAACUGCUGAGCAAAGAGCUGAGCGUGCUCAAAGACCUCUUCCUGGAGCAUGCCCACAACCUGGCCGACAACGUCCAGCCGCCCACAGGCACUGAGGGCUCCAGCCCCGCCCCCAACAGCACUUCCACCAAUGGGCAGUGAGGGGCGGAGCCACAGGGACAUUUGGUUUCCUGAGCGUUGGCUCGCGGCAUCUUCUCUGUCACAUGGCCUCACUUCUUCUUCACGGCUUUUCUUUGGUUUCUUACUUAUUUUCUCAUAUUUAACCCCCCCCCCCAUAAACCAGCCACAGUUUGUGUCAGUUUGAUUCUGUCACCUGUGUGACCGAAGAUGAACCCUGAUCAACAGAACAGACGGAGGGAUUGUUAUUGAUUGACUGAUAAGGUUUAUUGAUUGGAGGACUGUGAGGAGAUUUGAGCUCCUACAAACUGAGACGACGUCAGUAAAGAUUCACAGAGAGUGAAUCAGAAACUGGACCAGCAGUCUGAACACCUUUCCUGUCGGCUCGUCGUUUAACUCGACGGCUGAAUGUGGGCGGGGUCACUGCACCGCCACCGCCACUGGACGAGAUGUAAAAUCUUCAAUUCCCUUUUUUAGGAUGUGUAUUUUCUUCUGUUAUUCUCUAAGGGUUUUGAACAAUGUGGAGUUAACAAAAGAGUUUUUAAGAUUGUAAGUACGUUCACUACAUGUUGAUGCUUCAAGGACACUUCUGUUAUUUUCCAGCCCAAGUCUCUCCAGAGGUUCAGCUGUCAUUCAUGAUUAUUUGAAGAGUCGAUGUCAGUGCUGAAAAAUACCUUAAUGAUGUCUCACUGCAGAGUCCAAACAGCAGACCUCUGAGACAGACCCGGGUCAGAAACACAGAAACAUCAGAACUGUCCGUUACAGAUUAUAUUGUGUUUGAGAUUUCCACACUUUAAUGUUCGUGUCCAACAGUCAGUCGAGUCUUCGCUCCUCCGGGGUCAUUCUGUCAUAUCUGUGGCUCAGGUGAACUCAGGUGAACUCACCUGUUGUAUAUCUUCUGAAAGACUUCUGUGUUUUAUCAUUUGGCAACGGAAGUCUUGACGAAGACCAGAAGAACAAAAUGUUUUUAAUGAUUAUGACACACGGGUUGUUCAGCCUUCAAAACAUUAUUUAAUAUAAAUGAAGUGAGUCAGCUGAGAGUCGGGACGUGCUGCAUCGUCCUCACCUGAAGCGUCGGGACGUGUCUGUGACAGACAUCCUGUCUGACUGCAGCCAGAUCGUCCUGCAGGUGAAACCAAGAAGCAGCCGGGGACGGGUGUAGGUGCUGCGCUCCAGUCGGCUGCUCCGUCAGUCAGCUGAUGGUGGAGAUGCUGCAGCAGAGUCGAUCUCGACAGUGACUGUGGGACAGAGCUUCAGACAACAAACCUCCGGUCGAUCCAUCGAUUGUCAAACAGGGCGAGCAACAACACUCAGAUGUUUUUAUUGGUGAUCAAAGUUACGUUCCUCCUCAGUCAGCUCACGGACGCGAGCAGCAGAUCUUCACGUCAGAGAAGCUGCAAACAGACAGAAAUGACUCAUUGAUUAAUUAUCUGUUCUCUGACAACCUGAUUAAUAAUUAUCAGCUCUACGUUCAUCCAGCUGGCCACAGAUAUGACACUCAGACUCAGGCUGGGUUUAAAAGUUAAUUAAGAGAUCUGUGGAGUGAUCUGUCAACCUCUGACCCCACCCAGCCCCCACCCGUCACCUCCACCUGGCCCAGACAGGUGUGUCUGGGAUCUGUGUGUGUGUGUGUGUGUGUGUGUGUGUGUGUGUGUGUGUGUGUGUGUGUGCUGGGCGGUCCCAGACACCUCAGGUGUAUCAGACACUUGAGGCGAGCUGCAGCUUGAAUUAAAGUGGGCCGGUCGUCAACCACCUGCUAAUGAGGUCGCAGCAGAUCGAGACAGGCCCCCACCAGCACGCCGCACACCGUGGAGGGGGGCGGGGCCACAGCAUGUUGUUGUCAGACUUCAUAAUUAUGUAAGCUUUGUGUGGGUGUUUUCCCAGGAUUGUGUCUGUCAGGAUUUUUGUCUGAGUCCUGCUGACCCGCUCAGCGCUCACCAAUGUUCCCACAACGUUCCCACAACGUUUUAAAUAUUUCAGCAAUUUUGUCAAAUGUUGUUCAGUUGUGUUUUUACACUUUUCUGAUGUUUUGGUUGAAUAUUCUUAAAAUAUCCUUUCAGUAUUCUAAAACAAAGGUUUAAAAUCAGAAUCAUUGAAAUCAGCUCAUUUGCUUUUUUUUUCACUCCGAAUGUAACGCUGUGGGAACUUUGUGAGAACGUUGCAGCUUGCUAGCGGCGCCGCAGCGAACACAGAAUUAAUUUUUUUCACUUUUCUAUCAUUGUUUUUUCUACACUUUAAUUCCACGCGCAGCAUGUUUGUAGAGAGCUCUUUGCAUGGAGAGAGGGCCGCGGGGUGCCAGCGAGGACGCACCGGUGGAUCGUGUUGUUCUGUCGUCUGUAAAUGAACCUGAUGUGUUGGGAUGGUUGUCAUGUUUUGCUUUGGUCUGAAUGUUGCUGGGCAGCAUUUCUCUGUCGUCACUCAGCUUUUUUAUAUCGGAGGAUUCUGGGCUAACGUGCAUUCUAAAUUAAAAUUGAAUAUAAAAGUUAAA